CCGAACGAAACCCUAGAUAAUAAAAUCGAGCGAACUCAUAGGAUAGGCGUCUUCAUCGAGUCUAUCGUGUGCACGUUCAGUGACUGGGCACGCCUUUCCAAAUUAAAACAAUGUGUUCAAAUUAGUGAUAAAAGUCCAAUACCUAAAUAAAUACGAAUAGUAUUUAAUGAGACGCUUAUAAUUGUCAGGAUACAGACAUAAGUGAUUCAUUUUGUUUUGAUUUUUAUCGAAGUUAAUUCAAGUACCGGUUCGACUUAGAUAAACGUGCAAAAUUUGUGUGUAACAGACUGUGAUUUGGUGUUGGAUUCUUGUGGGUUUCAUAUAAACUAGAACUGUAUUGAUUAAUCUUGAAUUAGGAUUUAAACAUGGCUCAUCUAGUGACCAGUGCGGUAGACAAAUAUCAUGACAUUUUAUAUAAUAAAAGUGAUCCCAGAGUUAAUGGAUGGGCCAUGAUGUCUAGUCCCUUUCCUACCUUAUUUAUUUGUAUAUUUUAUGCCUAUUUCUCUAAAGUGAUAGGACCAAAACUGAUGGAAAAUAGGAAACCAUUCAAUCUUAGGAAUAUUUUAAUAGGAUACAAUUUUGUACAAACUAUUUUUAGUGCUUGGAUCUUUUAUGAGUUCCUUAUGAGUGGUUGGUGGGGCAGCUACAGCUUUAGAUGUCAACCUGUGGAUUAUUCAAACAGUCCAAUGGCUUUAAGGAUGGCAAGGACAUGUUGGUGGUACUACUUCUCGAAAUUCACGGAGUUCUUUGAUACACUGUUUUUCAUUCUUAGAAAGAAAAACAGCCAUGUGUCAACGCUCCAUGUUAUACAUCAUGGAUGUAUGCCAUUUUCUGUUUGGAUGGGUAUGAAAUUUGCUCCAGGUGGUCAUAGUACAUUCUUCUCCUUGCUCAAUGCUUUUGUUCAUAUAAUUAUGUAUUUCUACUAUAUGGUGGCUGCGAUGGGUCCUCAAUAUCAAAAAUACAUAUGGUGGAAGAAAUACCUCACCACAUUCCAAAUGAUGCAGUUUGUUGCUAUAUUUACUCACCAGUUCCAACUCCUGUUUACUGAAUGCAAUUAUCCAAAGGGCUUUAUGGUGUGGAUAGCACUACACGGAAUUAUGUUCUUAUUCCUGUUUUCGGACUUUUACACAAAUAAAUAUACCAGUACUAAGAAGGCUGUGAAAUCUGACGCUGGUGCUUGUAUGCCUCUAUUGGAUGAUGGAAAAGAAAAUGGUAGAAUAAAAAAAUCUAACAGUAACGGUACCCUCAACAAUACCUACAUUAAGAGCGAAUAUUCUGAUUCAUAUGAGGCAUGCUAUUCCAAUGGUAGCACAAAAGGGUUUGUAACACAAACGAUAAUGAAACACAAUGGUAAAAAAAUCGAAUAGACCAUGUAGUAUAAAUAAAUUAUAAUUUUAUUUAAAUCGGGUACAAAGUGUUACUUCGUUUAUAUUCUUAAUUAUUUGUAGAUAAUUAUUUAUUAGUUGUUUUAUACUAAUUUUAUUGUAGAGAUUCUAUAGAUACAGAUUGUUUACUGGUUGUGUUAAUGUUGAGGUGUUUAAACCUAACCCUACUAUGUGUUGGUCUAACAUUGUAUAUUUCUAUUUAAAAGUUUAUUUCAUAAAAAAAAUAUGGUUUAGGCUGGGUUAGGUUUGUACUUUACUAUUGCACUAUUUCGUCUAAAUUUACAAGCUCAGGAUAUGUUUUGUUUUCUUAUUUUAUAAAAUUUAUGCUCUUAUGCCCUUAUUUUUUCCACUGUGUACAUUUGGCCUGCAGGGACCAUAUAGAUGCAUCUCAUAUUGCUUGAACGUGUUUUUUCUUAUUAAUGUUUCUGUGAACCAUUAGUGCCUGAAAAUAUUAAAAAAAAAACAUACUGGUUAUGUUCAAGCAAUAAUAGUUCUAUAGCUUUUAGCUAUUUUACGGUAUUGUUAUAAACUUUUGCACAUAUUCGCGUUUUUGAUGUUUCGUACUUAUUGUUUACAUAUGUUGCACAUCUUAUAAAAAUACAUUUAUUUGUGUGAGCACACAAGUUAAUUUUUAUUGGUAUCAUGGAGGGGAGAGUAACACUAUAUUUUACCGUGGCAUUCCUAACUAAAAAAACCUUUGUGUAGGCUGUUCGUACAUUAUAAAACAUUUUAGGGGUAUUGCAGUUCACCAAAUCAUAGUUUCUCUGCUGCAAGGUGUUGGAUUUAUUGCUAUAAGAACUUGGCCAGUACAAGGUGUCUUGAAACUAUGAACAAAAAGUUUAGGGGUUGAUUCUAUUCACAAAAUAAAAAUAUUGAAUUGAAUUUUUUGAAUACUCAAUAUUACGGGAGUUCAAAAUUAUUUUUUAUAAAUAUGGUACCAUUAGUCGAUUCAGCCAAAUUUGGUUCAAAUAAACGCAUCUAGUGAAAUCGGAAAACGGAAAUACAUGUUGCAUGUGUUCAACUUGUUAGACUCUUUGCUCCGAAUGGUAAAUUUUUUUUUGAGUGACAUUGGUUUUAUUAGGAAUACUUAUUAAUUCUAAUAGCCAGGUACCUGCUUCUAGUAUCCGGUAUUUACCCUUUACCCGUCAAUUACCAGUUAUCUGUUAAGAACUCAUACCCGUUAAUUACCCAUUAAAAACCUGCAUACUUUUUAAUUUCCAAAAUACCUGUCAACAAUUGUCUUUUCACAAUUUGAUAAUUGUUAAAACAUUAUUCAGAUAAAAUAUUCGGAUCCAUAGAUUAUUUAGAUCCGUAUUUAGGGAUUUGCUUAAAUAACACAUUUUAAAACAUUAAUUUAGGACUAAUUAAUAAAUAAGAAUCCAUCGUAUAAAAUUUUGGAGAUAACAUUCCAAACUGUUCCGGUUUCGUUUAAAUUCCCCGGACACUAUACGACUUUACCGCAACACCAAUACAACUGAUAUGUAAUACCGAUGUUGCUAUCAUGUAUUUAAAUGAAACUAUUCACGAGGGGCCAUAUGACACAUAUGGACGUACAAUAUUUAGUAAAUACGAAAACUUUUUUUUUUAAACUAAAAAAUAUAUGGUCACAAAAUCGAGGCAACAUAUUUUGGUGUUAUAUUGAGUACCAUAAGGAUUUGGGGUAUAUCACGCAAUUGUCUAAUAAAAAUGUAAACAAAAUUCUUGAUGGUGCCGAUGCAUUACUGUAUAUAUAAGUUAUGGGUCACAACCAAUAGUAAUUUUGUUCCGGUGAAAGACCCCGUCAGAAUCGAUACAUUUUUUUGCAACAAACUGCACCUGGGGAAAAUAAAAUCAAAAAGGUUUUCUUCUAAAUCGUUAACAUUAACCGUGUCUGAGAAAAAACUCAUAUGUUUUGCCAUAAAUGCAUUUUUUGUCAGAAAUGCUCAUAGUUAUCGAUUUAGGACAAGAAAACUUUUUUGUACAAUUUUAAUCACAAAGUUAUCAAUAUUUUAUUCAAUAAGGGCCCUGUAAAACCAUUGGGGCUUGUUAUUAUUAUCAAUAAUAAGUGUAAUAAAAUUUUUAAAAAAUUACCUAAUUGAAAAAAAAACAGCUUUUGGCAAAAUAUCGACAAAAAAUAUUACUUUGGGGUUACAUUACUCUAUUAACACUGAUCUUUCGAAAAAGUAUCGUAGAAACUUUUAAAUUUUUUGUUCAGUUUCUGGACAUCUUGUAUAUUAAAAAAAAGUAAGUAAAAUUAUGGGUUAUAAUAUGAAAUACCAGGUGGAACUAUUUUUUUUUGCUGAAUCUGCAUUAUUUAAGAUAAAUGAAACUACUAAGUCUAUUUUAAACAAACUAAAAUGAAUCAUCAGAUAUAGUGUAUUUGUUUCCUUUUUAAGAAAAAAAAGUUAAAGGGUGUCACCAAAAUAUAAGUACAAAAUUCUAGAGCGAGUAGAGUGCCAAAAUCAGUCUAUAUGGAUAUGAAUUAAGAAUGAUCCGUAAAGUAUUCACAAAUUCAGUAAAAAAAACUCUAGGACACAUCGUUUUUAUUUUUCUUCAUACAUUUUUUUAGUGCGUUCCGCUUAUUUUCUCCUUUAUAUUUUGAGAUAUCAAAAAAUGUAUAAAAGUAAUACAAAUUAUUUUAAAUUUAUGUUAAUCAUGUCUUCAUUGACAAAAAUGCAGAAUAUCAGACUACAGAGGUAUGGGCUUAACAUUUUUUUUAAUGGACACCCUGUAUGUUUCAGAAAGAUCUACCAUAAAUACAGGGGGGGUAAUAACGACAAAAAAUAAGAUUUUUUUGUCCUUUGAACUAUAUGUCUAUCUCCUUGUUUUCGAGAUACAGA